UGGACUCUGCGCCCAGCAGCGGCGGUGGACGCAGGGGACUCUGGUCGUGCAGCAGACUUCGCUUCUUACGGGAGUGUAAGGCAAUAGGGAACCCCGGCCCCCGGACUGAUUGGAGACCCUCAACCCGGGAAUCCUAUCACGAGGAGAAGGGUUCCGACGCACGCUCCGCCGCAGGGGGGCGCCCCUGGCUGGCCGCUGCUUGGUCAGUGGUCCCCGCCACAGGGCGCGUCGCCUCCAAGAAGAUGUCGCUGUCCGGCAGGGAGCGUCCUGCUUGGCCAGGGAGUCGCCUGUCCUGGUUGCUAUGCUGCAGCGCCCUGUUGUCCCCAGCCGCCGGCUACGUGAUCGUGAGCUCCGUGUCCUGGGCUGUCACCAACGAGGUAGAUGAGGAGCUGGACAGUGCAUCCACUGAGGAGGCGCUGCCCGCGCUGCUGGAGGACUCGAGUAGCAUCUGGCAGCAGAGCUUUCCGGCCUCGGCGCACAAGGAGGACACGCACCUGCGACCUCGGGGCUCCGCCCGCGCCAGGCCCGCACCGGCCGCGCGUGGCAUGUUCUCCUACCGGCGGGAGAGCGGCUCAUCUGAGGCAUCCCCUGGCCCCAGGGUGCAUGCCGGCACCGCCCGCUCCCUAGCCCACGCUAGCUCCUGGGGCUGUCUGGCCACUGUGUCCACCCACGAAAAGAUCCAAGGACUGCCCUUUGGGAGCUGCCUGGCCAUCAGUGAUGGCCCCGUCCACAACAGCACAGGGAUCCCUUUCUUCUACAUGACAGCCAAGGACCCUGCGGUGGCUGACCUGGUGAAGAAUCCCACAGCCUCGCUGGUGCUGCCGGAGUCUGAGGGGGAGUUUUGCAGAAAAAACAUCGUCGACCCAGAAGACCCCCGAUGUGCCCGGUUAACGCUCACCGGCCGGAUGGUCACGGUGCCACCAGGGGAGGUGGAGUUCGCCAAGCAAGCCAUGUUUUCAAGGCACCCAGGGAUGAGGAAGUGGCCCCGACAGUAUGAAUGGUUCUUCAUGAAGAUGUGGGUAGAACACAUCUGGCUUCAGAAAUGGUAUGGAGGUGUAUCUGACAUCCCGAGGGAGGAAUACUUCAAGGCAGCUCCAAGGAAGGCCUGAUAGUAACACAAAAGUCUUGGGGUUUGCAUCAAAAUGAAGACCUUUGAAGUAAAGAAGCCAGACAGUCUCUGACUGCCGUCUCUUUGUUUGAAGGGUGCCCAGCUGCCCUGUCACCCUACAGCAGAAUGAGAAAAGAUGAACAGGGAGCCUUGGGCUAGAGUUGAGAUUCAUCGGAGUGGUCCUUUGCCGACCCAUCAUCUACACAGGCACUCAUAGAGACGUUUCUGUUUAUGCCGUACGCCGUACUCAAUCCAGACACACCCAUUUGGAAAUCUUGGUUGUCAAAAUGGAAGUGGUAGUUGCUAAUCCUGUCCUUUAAAAACAAACAAACAAACAACGCCUGUAUGUAGCAUGUUAUUGCCUUCUAUCAUGAGAACACCGUGUUGCUUACCAUCCACAAGUCGUGCUUUGGAUGGAAGCUCGUUGCAUAAAAAGAGCUGGGCGUGCAUCACACAGCGUGGCUGUGGGGUUGGGGGAUGGGAGGCUCUUUGUCUGAAGGUUGUUCACUAGGUCACUGAGUUGCAGAUGUGUUUUCUAGAAUGUACAGGUCACUUGGGGAGCCUUUCUCCCACUGUGGCAUAGCAAAUAGAGUAAGCACAUGCAGGUUUGUGCAUGGCCUGCUCUGUGUGAGCAGACUACAGCAGAACAUUAACGAGAAUGAAGUAGCUUUGCCAUUGAGCUUCCAGGAUUCCCACUGUUAAUAUUUCCGGUAGAAAGUGCCCCUCUACUAUUCAGGAAGUGUGGUGUUCAAGGUAAGAAGCGCCUCCUUCCACACGGUGUAGCAAAGACAGAGGGAAGAAUGCAAGGGAGAAAGCAAAGGCAGAAGGAGCCUGAGAGUCGGCUCACUGCCUAGCCUCAGGCCAGACCCUCAAUAGAAUCACCUCACUUAAGCCCUACCCAGUCAGAUGCUCGGCCUGGUGUCUCCUUCAGACCCGGAGGCUGAGGCUUAGAAAGCACCAGUCAGCACCCCAAGAUCAUUGUGUGUUCACCGCACACAGUGGGCGAGACGCUCCCCCUGUGUUUCCAAUUUUUAAAAUGUGUUACUGAAAUGCACAGAGGGUCAUCAGACACAGGCUGUGAUUUUAAAGGACAAUGACUAACUGGCCUGCUGGGGGAGUGCCCGGUGCAGGGGUAGGUAGCAUGCUCUGAACUUGUUCAACAAACCAUUUACAAGAGCUCCUGGCAUUCGGAGGAGACUAAACUGAAACUGUGUACGUACCUGGGGCCUGACUGGACCAGAGCACACACCGCCAAGGCCAAGUUUUCUAACUUUCCACAAUGACAAGACAUUCUCUAUGAUGGAUCAGGUAUGUUGUAUAACAAAAAAACACAUCACCAACAUAGAAAAUAUACACAUUCUUAAAAUAAUUUUGUUUAACAAAGUAAGACGCGAACAGAGCUUGUGUUGUUAAAACCUAUCUAAGUACUAAUUACUAGAAACCUAGCAGAGCUGCAGAAUCCUUUUUUUAUUUGACAUAAGCCAGCUCACAAGAGUUCCCAGCAAUCAUUAUUUCUAAUACAUAAUUAUAGGGUGGCUUUGUUAGAGGUAUUUCCUAUUUCCAGGGUUUAAAUUUAUUGCUACUCCCAAUUUAGAAGAAGGUGGAGGGCCGGAAGAACAAGCUGCAGGUGUCAGGUACUCCAUAGGUCAACCUCAGAUAUCAGUCCUUGAAGCAUCACUGCCUCUCAUGGCUUCCUCAUCAUGGCUUCCCAGACCACCUCACUGGUACCUUUUGCUAUGUUAGCUUGUUAUGAGUUAGCUCCUUAAGGACUCCUGAGGCGUCAAAGGCUUUGAAGAGCAGGUUCCAAUUAGAAACCCCAAAGAGCAUUAUCAGCUAUUUAUCAAAAUUACAAGAAAUGAAAUCUGAAUGGUCUGGACACCAAGAACAAUGGGCUUGAAUCAGAUGGUCCCUCUUCAGGCAAUUUGUGUUUCAGCAAAUCUCCAGGAAUUUAUAGCAAGUUUAAAUUUGUAGUUUUAGACAUAGCAACAAGGCAAGAAAAAGAAAUUAAAUGUGUACAAAUUGGAAAGAAAGGAAUAAAAGUCUCCUUAUUUACAAGGACAUGAUUAACUACAUAGAAAAUUGCACAUAAUCUACUUAAAAAAAAAAACAGCAGAAGCUGGAGAGAUGGUUCAGCUGUUAAGAGCACUGGCUGCUCUUCCAAAGGAUCCAGGUUCAAUUCCCAGAACCCACACGGCAGCUCACAACUGUCUGGAACUCCAGUUCCAAGGGAUCCAACAUACACAUGAAGACUUACAAAUGAUGGGGCCAGCAAGAUGGUUCAGCCAGUAAAGGCGCUAACCAAGCAGCUCUGAUGACCUGAGUUCAAUUCCUGAAACCCACCAAUAAUGGUGGGAAGAGAGACAUGACUUCACAAAGUUUUCCUCUAACCUCCUUCUGUAUACUACAGCAUAAUGUGUGCCCCCCCACACACACACCAUUCACACACAAUUAAAAAACACUUACACAUGAAUUAUCCUUAACAUGAGAAAACUGGAAUCAGCUGGGCAUGAUGCUGCAUGUCUUUAAUCCCAACACGUGGGAGGUAGAGGCAGGCAGAUCUCUGUGGAAUCGAGGCCAGCCUGGUCUACAUGUUCAGGACGGCCAGGGUUACCUAGAGAGACCCCCCCCCCCCUCUCUCUCUCUCACACACACACACACACACACACACACACACACACACACACACACACAAACACACAAACACACUCACUCCUGGAAUCAACUAGAUGUCCUUCAAUCCUUUGAUCUGGUGUCUGGCGAGACCAAUUGUGGUAUAUCUAUACCAUAGAAUAGUACUCAACAAUAUAAAGGAGCUAAUUACUGAUACAAGAGGCAGCUUUUGUGAAUCUUCAGAAGAUUAUGCUAAGUGAUUAAAGCAAGCCAUAAGAGUGUUCAAAUUAUAUAAUUCUAUUCAUGUAACAUUCUGAAUGUGACCUUUAAGAAUGAAGACCUUUCAGAAAGGGGGCUGUAGAGUGAGACAGGAGAACCUAACUGUAAGUAGAUAAUGACGGAUUCUUACAGUGAUGGAAGCCCCCUACCUUGAACCAAAUCAUUAUUAAAUUGGAAACUGGGUAAGAUGAAUAUAGGGUCUCUUCAUAUUACUUCUUAAAACUGCAUCUGCAUCUUUAAUUAUCUAUAGCAUCUACAAUUACCUCAGAGGGAACUAUUUAAUGGGAAAACUCAAGUAGACAUUCUCGCAUCUCACUUGUAAGUCCCUAAGGAAAUGAACUGUCAUAUAUCAAAAUAUAGCAGAGAUGACACAAGAUGAACUGUUCCCAAAAUAUAUCAAGAGAGGAGACAAGAUGAACUACUACAUAUCAAAAUGUAGCAGAGAAGAGACAUUCCCCUUGUUAAUCACUAAUAUAUAUACACACAUCUGCGGGAGCCAUGGACUCUUCUUUUAAAAGUUUUCUAAAUGUAUCCAAUUUAAUGCUGAACACAAAUGACUAAGCACCUGGCAGGGGCUGGGGUACCUUUCAGCAGAGCCUUUGCUGAGCAUGAAGCAGGGGUGCAACCCCAGCACCAUGAAAAUGAAAACUGGCUAGAUGUGCCUGGGUAUGCUGUACAAAUUUUCUACGAGACAUUUAGAAGAGAUGGGUUUCUUCAAGUUUCUGGCAGAUACGUGUUGAGGAUAUAGAAGUGAUCAAGUCUGUCAAUUAGGUUUUCUCGCCCCAAUAGUCAUCCUCUAAUCUGGGAUGGGAGGUAGUCUUUGCUAUGAGUUUGUCAUGGCUUGCCACAAACACAAAGCUAGCACGUCAGUGAGACGCUGCUGCUUCUGCUGCCCUUAGUACAUAUUGACUCUUGGUGACUGUGUUCUUUUAGGAUUGAAAUGUGUUCUUGUAUUUCACUGUUAAUAACAUGGCUGUCACUAGUGAAGUAUUUAUUGAUGGCAGACUUCUCUAGGAUCACCCAUUGAUGUUCAUCCGAUUGUGGUAGCAAGACACUCAUGGGAAACUUAAUUGCGGUUUGUCUGUCCCGGGUACUGCACGGAGAGCACAAAGUCUGUUUUCACACCAGGUAUGUCUGUUUCAUCAAAGACUGUUUCAUUCCUAGUACAACUUCCGUGCUUGACUAUGAUAUCCUAAAGAUAUUGGGUAGUUCUACACAGUCUUCUUAAUGAACUGUUAUAAACAACAUUAUUAGGUUCCUGAAAAGAACAGAGGCUACUAUACAGUACAUCUGCUGAGAACCCAUCCAACGGAAAGAAAAGAAUGAGCGUUUGUACCUCUUCCCUGCUGAGACUGAUCUUGCUGCCGUGCCCAGGCUGAUCCUGAAACCCUAGGCUCAGGCAAUCCUCCAGAGCUGCUGGGACUCACGUGCUUUGCCAUCGAUCAUGGCUGCUGUGACUUUAUGAGGCUCUGAGUUAUGGGAACUUUAUCUACUGACCUAGAAAUACUGUUGUAAAUUCCAGCCCAACUGCGGCAGGAGUGCAAGGGACCCUGUUCCUGGCUGCCAGCUGCAACCACGGCUGCACACACAUGCACAGAAUAAAUGGGCUUAGUGGGGUUUUCUUUUAACUAAAACAAAGAGAAGAGAAGAGGGCGUGAAAUUGAGAGGUGGACUUGGGAGUAGAUCCCAGGGGAGCUGAGGGGGAAAUUGGGGUGGAGGGGUAUGAUAAUAUUUCUUUGUAAACAUAUACUAAAUUGUCAAAGAAUAACAAUAUAUAAAUAAAAAGAAAUGCUAUUGCUGCC